AUGUUCCGACUGCCACGCAGCCUUGGCCUUCCACGUCUGCUCCGUGACCAGGCCCGCAUCGCAUCUCCGAACCGCUCCUCAAUCGCGACAGUGGCAGCCCGCUCGUUUUAUCCGCACCCGUCACACUCGAGCACUCCUGCCCGCCGCUCCUUCGCCACGACGCCGUCCUUUGCGCGUGCAUCCACCGCCUCGGACGCUACGGUCUCCGCCAUGCCCUCUUCCCAGGCAAUCCCCUCCGAGCCUUUCCCGCUCGCGGGUCUCCUCCCCAAGGACACCACAGAGGCCAUCAACUUCCUCCGCAAGUAUCCCCAAUACGACGGCCGCAAUGUCCGCGUCGCCGUCCUCGACACCGGCGUAGACCCUGCCGCCAUCGGCCUCAACCACAAGGGCAAAGUCGUCGAUGUGAUCGACUGCACCGGUGCCGGUGACAUCCCGCUCCAGCCCAUUCAGCCCAUCUCCCCUUCGGCCGGCGCGCACAUCGACUUCAAGUCCCCCUUCACCGGCAGGACCAUCCGUGUCUCUUCCAAGCUCACCAACCCCAAGGGCGAGUGGAAGAUCGGCUUCAAGCGAGCUUACGACCUCUGGCCCGGCGAGCUCAAGAACCGUCGCUCCGCAGAACGACAGAAAGCAUUCCUCGUCUCCCACCAGGCUCUCCUCUGCCAGGCACAAGCGGACCUCAACGCUCUCGAAAGUCCCGCAGCCUCGAAAUCACCAGCAUCUGCUGAUGCCUCGCCGUCAUCCUCCGACAAGACCUCUCCCGCCGAGAAUGUCAAGUUGCAAAAGGACGAGCUCAAGGCCCGAAUUCAGACGCUCAAGGACCUCGCCGCUUCCUACAGUGACGACGGCCCCUUGAUCGAGGUCAUCGUCUUCCACAAUGGCAAGAACUGGUACGCUGUCGUCGGCGGUGGUGAGGGUCAAACGCACGAUCCGGCUCGUGGCCAGCCAGAGGACUUGCUCAAGCCGCUUGACUCCCAAACUCUCGACCUCUCUGCCGUCGAGCCCAUCACCGACUUCCGCAUCGACCACCAAUGGCAAAGCUUCGGUCAGCAGGACCUCCUCACCUACACCGUCAACAUUGAGGACAACGGCAACCUCCUCAGCCUCGUCACCCUCGCCGGCAGCCACGGCACCCACGUCGCCGGCAUCGUCGGUGCUCGUCACGACGAACAGCCAGAUCUCAACGGCGUGGCUCCCGGCUGCGAGAUCGUCAGCCUCAAGAUCGGCGAUGCCCGUCUCGGCAGCAUGGAGCAGGGUCAAGCCAUGCUUCGCUCCGCACAGGCUCUCAUCGACACAAGGUGCGACAUCGCCAACCUCAGUUACGGCGAAGACGGCGCAUUCGGUGCCGAGGACAAGGGCGCCUUCGCCAAAGCUCUCCGCGACCUUGUCAUCCGUCAGCGCGACAUCCUUUUUGUCAGCAGCGCAGGCAACAACGGCCCUGCUCUCACCACCGUCGGCCAGCCCGGAGGCACGACCUCCUCCGUCCUCAGCGUCGGCGCCUACGUCAACGCCGGCGCCAUGCAAAAGGCCGAGUAUGCCCUCGUCGAAAAGGGCGUGCCGGACAGCGUCACCACAUGGUGCAGCCGUGGUCCCACCUCGGACGGUGACCGCGGCGUGUCCAUCUACGCCCCCGGCGCUGCCAUCACUUCCAUCCCUCGCUACUGCCUCCAGUCCUCCCAGCUCAUGAACGGCACUUCCAUGAGCUCGCCCAACGCCUGCGGUGCCAUCGCUCUGCUCCUCUCCGGCCUCAAGGCCGAGAACAUCCCCAUCACCCCGGCGCGAGUCUUCAAUGCCGUCCGUGUCACCGGCAAGGACGUCAACGACCCCCUCGGUGUGCCCUUCAUCCGCGUCGAUGCCGCUUGGGACUACCUCGUGCAGAACAAGGACCGCGUCGAGCAGGACGCCGAGUACCGAGUCGCGGUCACCCGCGCCGGCAAGCCCCUCGGACGCAUGGACAAGCGCGGCAUCUACCUCCGUGAGAAGGACGAGACCUACAACGUACAGCAGACCAACAUCACCGUCCGUCCUACCUUCAAGCAGGGCGAGACCGAGAAAGCCUUCAACCUCGAGCUGAGGUGCGCGCUUGCUGCCACACAGCCCUGGGUCCAAGUACCUGAGUUCUUGCUGCUCGGUGGCAACGGACGCACGUUUGAAGUGCGCGUUGACCCCACCAAUCUGCCACCCGGCCUCCACCAUGCCUGGAUCGAGGCCUACGACGCUGAAACACCCGGCCACAAGCUCUUCGAUGUUCCCGUCACCGUUGCCAAGCCUGAGCUAUUCCCCUCGCCGACGGUCAAGUUCGAAACCGUCCGAUUCGAGGCCGGAAAGAUCGAGAGGCGCUUCGUGCACGUUCCCGAGGGUGCCACGUGGGCUUCGCUCACGGUGCGCAGCUCCAAUCACUCAUCUCCUGGUACCAGUGCGCGCUUCUGGCUGCACUGCGUCCAGCUCGAGCCUCUUCAGCGUUUGAGCGAGGUCGAGAAGGCCUUCGUGCUCGUGCUGCAGGAAAACGAGCCGGUCAACAAGAAGUUCAAUGUUCGCGGAGGCAUGACCAUGGAGGUCUGCUCGGCGCAGUUCUGGUCCAACAAGUCGGCCUUCGACCUGGACUUGGACAUCGAGUUCCACGGUGUCACUGCUGCACUCGUCCCCGCCAGCGGCCGACAGGAGCUCACGCUGAUCGGCGGCCAGGGCCACGCCAAGAUCGAGUGCCAGUCGACCGUCCGCAUCGAGGACUUUAAGCCGAGUGUCACCUUUGACACGCGACGCACCUUCCACCGCCCAACCUCGUCAAAGAUCCGUCCGCUCACCACGCCCAGGGAUCUGCAGCCCAGCGGUAAGCAUAUGUUCGAGCUGGUCACCACCUACAACAUCUCUGCCAAGGAGGACUCCAACAAGCUCAGCUACUCGUUCCCGGCGCUGGGCAACCACCUGUACGACUCGAGCGUGCCUCUGCUCACGCAGCUAUUCGACCUGCGCAAGAAGCGCGUGCACUUUGGUGACGUCUACAAGAAGGAGAUCACCCUGCCCAAGGGUGAUUAUGCGCUCAAGGCACAGAUCCUCAACGAAAACAUGAAGGUGCUCGAGAGUCUCAAGAACGUCACGCUCAUGAUCGACCAGAAGCUCUCCAAGCCCGAGUCGGCGGCGCUCAAGCUCUACGACAACCACGUCGACCUGCACUCGGAGGCGGCGCCGGCCAAGUACAACGGCAUCAAGCUGCACCCGGGCGAACGCAUCGUGCUGACGCUCGACCUCAACCUCGAGGGCGAGGCGGUGCCCAAGGAGGCGCAACCGGGCGACGUGCUUGUUGGUUCGUUCGGCUUCGCUGCCGAGGGCAAGGGCCAGCUGCGCUACAUCGUGCCUCCGUCUGUCAAGAGCGACGAGAGCGACGAUGCAGCGCCUGGUGGCAAGAACGAGAACGAGAUCCCCGAGCUUCUCACCGCAACCGCAAAGAAGAUCAAGGACCCCAAGGAGAAGCUCGAGUUCAUGGACAAGCUGAUUACGGACUACCCCAAAUUCCUCGGAGCACUCGUUGCUAAGCUCGAGGCUCUUGAUGCGGAUGACAAGGAUGCCACCAAGCGUCAGCAGGUCAUCACCGCCGCUGAUCAGGUGCUUGCACAGAUCGACGAGACGCAAGUCAAGCUGUGCAUGGCGACUCAGAAGCCGUCGGCCUCGGAGCAGACGGACGAGGAGAAGAAGGCGAACAAGGCGAUGGAGGAAAAGAAGAAGGCUCUCGUCCUCGCGCUCAACCGCAAGGCACGUGUGCUGAUGACCGAGGCGGAAGAAUCCGCCGCGGCACACGACGAGCUCGAAAAGGUCUGGAAGCAGUACCGCGAGUACUUUGCGCCCGACUCCAAGGCCAAGGAGUACGUGGAGCUGUACGUGCGCUGGUGCAUCCUGCACAACCGCCCCGCCCUCGCCCUCCAAGCCGCGCAGAAACUCAAGAAGGAGCUGGGCGCAGGCACCCCCGACUCGAUCAAAGAGGUCGAGAAGAUGAAAGCGCUCGAGCUGCGUCUCGUCGGCAAGGACGGCCUCAACUGGCCCCUCUGGGCCGCCCAUCUCGAAAGGGCAGAGAAGAUCGCCGCCCCCGCCGACUACGCUCCUUUCUAA